AUGAAGUUCUAUAUCUUCGUCGCCCUCGCUCUCAUCAACGGUCACGGCCACUGCGGCUACGCCGCGAACCUGGGACUGGACCCGACUGGCGUCGCGAACCUGGAACCGGACCUGACUGGCGCCGCGAGCCUGGGACCGGACCCGACUGGCGUCGCGAACCUGGGACUGGUCCUGACUGGCGUCGGGAAGCCGCCAAUCUUCGUCUCCGAGGGCGAGUUCCACGACUGGAACGACAACGAACACUUCCCGCUCCGCAUCCGCAUCCUUGCCCUCCUCUCCUGGUCUCACUGGAUCACCGUCGACGGCCGCAUCCUCACGCCCCGGGGCCCUUCCUCGCUCUCGUCUCCUGCCAACAUCGCGAAGACGCCAAGCUGGGUACGCAGCACCCGCGACGUCUACCAUGACGGCUCCGCCUGCGGGACGAACGAAGCCAUCAAGCCCAAGCACGACGUUCCUCCCAAGUAUCUCAUCUUGCACGAGUUCAACGCUGAGGGCUUCGCCGAGACAGACCAGUACAUCUCCGCGUUCGUGACAACUGCGCCUGUAGGCGAAGAUUGUCUGAACGUGAAUAUCAUUAUUGUCCCGGCCAAUACCACUGCGGGUGCUAAGCCCCCGGUCGCGACGGCGCACGGGGCGGAGCUACCAAACGUCUGCGGAGGCGAAGCCUUGGGGGCCCACAUCACCCGCUUCCCCGCCACGGUCGACUUCAAUGGCGACGACGCCCCGCGCAUCACGCUCGUGAACACGCUCCCCCCGUUGCGCAUGCUCCAGGUGGGGAACAUGGCGCUCACACCUGGCGCGGUCGAGGCUCUCGAUCUCGAUCUGAACGAGAUCGGCCGUGCGGAAAACGGGGGCGGGCGUGCGGCGCUGCAGGAGUUGCACGGACUUCAUUCGGUCCAGACACGGGAGACGCGGUGGUGGAUGAUUGGGCACGACGGCGACCGGAGAGAAAUGGUCGAGGUGUGGCGGGAGACGGUGAGUGCUGCAUUUGAUGCCCGCAUCCGUGCGUGCUGA